UUAUAUAAGAAGGCAUACGCCGCCGCCGCUGCUUCUCAAAUUAAUGGACAUGGAGGAGGCCAGGCAUUGUCGCUCUGCCACCUUGCUCAUGUCCUUCCUCUCCCUCGCAUUUCUCAUAUGGCCACCUCCAAUGGCGGCCGCCACCCAGGAGAUGAAGUCUAUUUACGCCGGCUCGAGGGUCAUACCGGUGCGGUUGGCCCGGCCGGCGUUCGGCCCGGAGAGCAUCGUCUUUGACCACCGCGGCGGCGGCCCGUACACCGGCGUUUCCAACGGUCGCGUCGUCCGGUGGAGGGGCAACCGCCGCCACCGCGGCUGGACCGAGUUCGCCCACAACUACAAGCACAAGACGGUGGCGGAGUGCGCGGCGAGGAAGAAGGUGGUGGAGCCGGAGAGCGCGUGCGGGCGGCCGCUGGGCCUGCAGUUCCACCACGCGUCGGGCGACAUGUACAUCGCGGACGCGUACCUGGGGCUGAUGAGGGUGGGGCGGUGCGGCGGGCUGGCGGAGGUGGUUGCCACGGAGGCCGACGGCUUGCCCUUCAACUUCCUCAACGGGGUCGACGUCGACCAGGAGACCGGCGACGUCUACUUCACGGACAGCAGCACCGUCUACCAACGGAGCGAGUACAUGCUGGUGGUGCUGACCGGCGACGCGACGGGGCGGCUGAUGAGGUACGACCCGCGGACGGGCAACGUCACCGUGCUCAGGUCCGGCCUGGCCUUCCCCAACGGCGUGGCCGUCAGCGCCGACGGGACGCACCUCGUCGUGGCCGAGACGUCCUCGUGCAGGCUGCUCCGGCACUGGCUGCGCGGGCCCGCGGCGGGGGUGACGGAGGUGCUCGCCGACCUGCCGGGGUACCCGGACAACGUUCGCCCCGACGGAGGCGGCCGGGGCGGGUACUGGGUGGGCAUGAACCGGGACAAGCAGUGGGCAGAGAGCGGGACCACGGCCAACUCCAUGAGCGCCGUCAGGGUCGUCGUCGCCACGAACGGCACGGUGGUCGAGGCGCUUCGCGGGUUCGGCGACGCCACGGUGAGCGAGGUGGUGGAGCGGAACGGGUCGCUGUGGAUCGGCUCCGUCGACACGCCCUACGUCGGCCUGUUCAAGCUCGCAUCUCUACCGCAAUGCGGUGGGUAAGCAUCGCAUCGCAAUUCAUGUCGUCUGAGCGCGUGUGGCUGGGCUCCGUUCAACUCAUGUAGUACUAGUACAAUCGUGCGUCCUGUGCCCUAGUAUGUUGCUACAUGCUGUAACCCUAGCCAGAAGCAGUAACUAAUCUGAUCAUCGCUGUCGUUCGUCAA